UGCCUUUAUGUUAAACUUCAAGUCGAGAAUGGACGCCAAUGUUUUAUUAUAGCUUGAAACUUGGAUGCGUACACACUGGCAUUAUGCUCAGAUUAUUUGAAUCAAGUAGCGGAUAAGGCUGUUCGUAUUUGGCGGAAUGAUGCUCACAGAGAGAAUGAAUUGUGCAAUUAGUCUGUCUGGUAGAAUGGCCGGCAGAUGUUCCAGUAAUGCAUCUAAACCAGAUAACAACUCAAAUAAAAAUGAACCUAAAUACGUGAAGAAAAACUUGAGUAGUGGGGGGCAGGGGAAUCGAAAGCAGAAGACAAACAGCUCUUCCAGAAGUAGCAGAAUUCGCAAGUCGCUUAUGCAAGAGCAGGUUAAAUUCACCACUCCCGUGAGCACUGACCCACACGUGGCUAUCCUCGGAGGGGGAAUGUCCGGUCUCAUUUGCGCCCUCACGCUCGAAGAUAGGGGAAUUCGCUCUACUGUUUUUGAUACGGGGAUUCAUGGUUUAGGAGGAAGAAUGGCAACAAGGCAAAUCGAUCCCAAUCACUUGGUUUUUGAUCAUGCUGCUCAAUUUUUCACUGUAAGCGAUCCUAAAUUCAAGAAGCUUGUUGAUGGAUGGAUCUCAAAAGGCGUAGUGACAGAAUGGAAAGGACAAAUAUGUAAGCUCUGUCCUGGAGGCCAAUCUACUCAACUUCCACCAGCUGUAAGAUAUAUUGCUACAAAUGGGAUGCGACUUCUUGCAGAUUCUAUGCUUUCUCAGAGUCGUUUGGUCAAUGUGGUCAGACCUUGUUGGAUAAGUAAAAUGGAACCGUUUAAUGGGAUGUGGCAUCUUACUGAAAACACAAAACCUCAGGGGGCGUUUGACACUAUCGUUAUAGCACAUAAUGGAAAAUGUGCCAAUCGGUUGCUUGCAUCAUCUGGGGUACCCCUCCUUGCAAAACAAAUGAAGAGGCUGGAGUUGAGUUCUAUCUGGGCCUUGAUUGCUGCAUUUGAUGAGCCACUUCCUGUUCCAAAAGGUCUUGAAGGCAUCCCAUUUGAAGGAGCCUUCGUUGGGGGAGUUGAUGCUCUUUCAUGGAUGGCAAACAACACAAAGAAACUAUUCCCUUCACAAAAUCAUGGUCCUUAUUGCUGGACCUUUUUCAGCACGGCUGCCUAUGGGAAAAGGAACAAAGUUCCCCAGGAAAAUAUUCCAAAUGUUAAAGCAGAUAAAGUGAAGCAAGAAAUGCUUCAAGGGAUUGAGAUUGCUUUAGGAUUACAAGAGGGGUCAUUACAAAGACCAUUUUACAGUCGAGUACAACUCUGGGGUGCAGCUCUUCCAACAAACACUCCAGGUAUUCCAUGCAUAUUUGACUCACAUGGAAGAGCUGGAAUUUGUGGAGAUUGGCUGCUAGGGUCAAGCUUAGAGGCUGCAGCCUUGAGUGGCAUGUCGCUUGCUCAUCAAAUUGCAGACUAUUUUUCUGGUGUUAGUGGUGGUUCAAAUCCUGAUGACUUUUCUAUAGGCUUACACCAGGAAUUCACACACAUUAAUGAACAUGAUAUUGGACAGUUUCCUGGUACAGAUAUAUUGCAGAGGCAAAAUUCUCCAGCUUCAGAACCUGCAUUUGUGUAAUUAUACUCGUCAGUUAAGAUCAACAGUUUUUUCCUUUUCAUUAAUUUUGUUUAUAACAGAGUAAAAAGAGCUAGAAUGCUUUACCUAAUGUGUUCACCAUAUCUUCAAGUCUUCAUUUUAUUUUUGUAAUGUUAGCAACAAGUUUGCAAUGCAAAGAUGUAUGUGUUUAGGAUUACUAGUUGUAUAUUACCUUUUGAUUUGUAUAUUAAAAGAUAAAGCUAAAGGUAUUUUUAAGGGUCA